GCGCCCGCCUCGGGCUCUGCUGCCCUCGCGGGGCCGCGCAGUGAGGCGGAGCGAGGGGGCGGGCCCUCGGCAUCUCCUCCAUCCCCUGGCUGCCGACCGCAGGGAUGUUCCCGGCUCAGGAGGAGGCUGACAGGACCGUGUUUGUGGGCAAUUUAGAGGCCCGAGUACGGGAAGAGAUUCUUUACGAGCUAUUCCUUCAGGCUGGGCCACUAACCAAAGUAACUCUGUGCAAGGACAGAGAUGGGAAGCCCAAGUCCUUUGGCUUCGUCUGCUUCAAACAUCCUGAGUCUGUGUCCUACGCCAUAGCUUUGCUGAACGGAAUCCGUUUGUAUGGAAGACCAAUUAAUGUGCAAUAUCGAUUCGGCAGUUCUCGCUCUUCUGAACCAGCUAGCCAAAGUUUUGAGAGCUGUGUUAAGAUAAAUUCACACAGCUUCAGGAAUGAAGAAAUGGUGGGCAGAUCUUCAUUUCCCAUGCAGUUUUUCCCAAUUGCAAAUGCUGCUUUACCUCAAGAAUAUUUUUUCUUUCAGAAAAUGCCCUGGCACACACACAGUCCAAUGAUGCAGCCUCCUUUCUACGACAUGACAGCUUCACUUCCCAGCGAUGCAUCUGGAUCCUGCUCCUUAAACCAUGCCCCAGACCUUGAGGCUGGACCCCGCUCCUAUGAAUGGACUCACCAUCAGCCAAGUGAACCUGACCUUUAUCAUAGGAGCCAACGAAAGAGGCAAAGGCAAGCCAGUGACUCUGGCAGUAGUUCGGAAGACAAGAGAGGGAGUGAAGGUGGCCAAAAAUGCCGGAAAUGCAAGAGGAAGAAGAAAUACUAGUGAAGAGUAUCCACGCUGCUCUCUCUCUCAAAAUAAAACAAAGAAAACGAAAAAUAAGUCUGUUGUACCAAACUACCCAUUUCUUGGCCACUUUGUCAUUUAAAAAUAAUGAAACUAUGACUCUGUGAUUUGCUAUUCAGUUUUUGCCCUGAAUGAUAAAAGCUUUUCAACAGUAA